AAAAAGAGAGAGAGAGGGAGAGAGAGAGAGAGAGAGAGAGAGAUCUCUUCAACGGAGAAAGUGCAUUCUAUAUUUCUAGCGUUGUGAUUGGUGGUAUCGUCAGACAUAGUAAAAUUCCGAUCUCCUCUACGUACAUAUAUCGAGGACGCGUUCGCUGAGUUAGAGAAUAAAGGCGCAUGUGCGUAACGCUGACAUUUCCAAAGGCCGGCUCGGCGCAGUGCAACGAGAGAAAGAUAGAUAGAUAGACAUAUAUAUAUAUAUAUAUGUAGAGAGAGAGAGAGUCAGUACUUCCGGUAUCCGGCAAACGCCCCGAGAGUCUCUACCUAGAGUGUCCAGCCAUCUGGACGCUUUUUUUUUCUUAUACCGGUAAAGGUCGCGUACGCGUCAUUGUCAAAGAGUAUUAUCGUCGCUUCGAUCGCGUGGUGGACGCUGCCUAUUUCGUGGCUAAUAAUAUACACGUUGUACGAGAGAAACAGACAGAGAGAGAGAGAGAGAGAGAGAGAGAAAACCAUGUUGGACAACAUAAAAAGGAAAAUGUUUUGAUUAUUAAUCAACUAUAUUUAAACAUAUCAUCGAAGAAAAAGAAGAAGAAGAAGAAGAAGGAUAUUUUUCGGAUGAGGAUUAGGUUGAUGGUAAUCAGGGUGAUUCAAAUAUAGACAAAUACUUAGGUCGCUUUGCGCGUUGUGUAUCGAUAAUCGUUGAACAAAAGUUAAAUUUAGGUGAUCGGCUUGACCGUGUAUACGCUUCGUUGGUAAUUUUUUUUUCUCCGCGAGAAUCAAUCCCCUAGAAAAGUGACAGUGUCCAAAGGAAAUUAUCGAAGGAUAAUCGUGAUCAUCUAAUAGAAGAAUAUAUAGAAAGCUAUUUGCGUGCGUGGUAGUCACAGAUUAUUGGCCCGGUGGGAAUCGGAUGAAAGCUUUUCCGUAUCUCUUAUUUUCAUACAUUUUGUGUGACGUCGACAAAUAUAUACACAAUUUUGUUGUAUAAACAAACCGAAUAAUAGAACGAAAGAGAGGAAGAAGACAAAAAGACGGAGAGAGAUAGAUAGCUAAAGAGAGAGAGAGAGAGAGAGAGAGAGAGAGAGAGAGAGAGAGAGAGAGAGAGAGAGAGAGAGAGAGAGAGAGAGAGAGAAAGAUAGCGAUAAUCGACGAUGUUCAAAUGCUGCGUUUGCAACAAGAGUUCGAGGAAGGAAAAGGUAUUGGGCAAUGAAAUGACCAGCAAUAAAUCGUCGGGAAAUAAAGUCGGAGAUUCAUCGAUAAAAAUCGAAGACGAGAUGCGAGAAGAGAUGAAGGAGAAGGCUAACGGUGAGAUUCAGAGAUGCGAGAAGGAGGCAUCUUCUUUAUUGGAAAAUCACGUAGUUAGCUCGGAAAAAUUAACUACGGGUAAUGACGAGAAGGAGGGUAGGAUUGAAAAAGCUGAGAGAAUCGAGAAAGAUGAAGGUGGAAUGUUGGAAAACGAGGAAGGGGUGUUAGAGGAGACGGAUAGGGAACGAGACUCGAAAGGAACGACUAAGGGGACUGGAAACGCGGGGAAAGACGAGGAGGAGGAUGGUGGUGGUGAUAUCGGUGGCGUUGAAACGACGAUACCUUCUUCCGCUACUGGCAUCAAAGUCGUAGUUAAAUCAAAUCUUUACAAUGGAUCGGGUUAUAUUGAGCGAACGAUCGACGACGGUCCCGAGGAGGAAGGGGACGAUUCCGUUUUCGAAUCGUGCCCGAACGAGAACGAGAAUGAUAAUGAAAACGAAACGACUGGGAAAGCUACGACAGUUUCUGCGAUUCCACGUUGGCUGUCAGAAGAGGAAGAAGCUGAUCCGGGAUCGGAGGGAUGCAGCGGUAUGCAAGAACCCCCUGCUACUCCUGUAGCUCGCGACGAGCUUGCUCUAAGGCGACACAGGUUCUUCUCCGAUUUGCUACAGGCUACGCAGAAUUCCUCGGAGCACAGAGUGAGAUUCGACCCGCUAGGACCGAUGGUGCACGCCGGUUGCGAAGCAAACGACAGGGAAGAACAUUUGGAGGAUUUGGUGAAUCGACUUGAGAACGUAACUAAGCGAUUGGAGAGAGUACCGGCACAGUCUCCUAUAGCUCAAACUCAAGAAACCGCGGUGCAAACUAACACCCCGUCACCGAAGAAACCGCAAGCGGCGUCGACGAGAAACACAGCGGCGUCGCCUUUAUCCUCGCCCGAAAAAGCAUCGAUAAUUCGUUCGAUCAACGGCAGCGACAACAUGUCAAUAGCAGGAUACGAGAAUCUUUUGGCAGGAUCGGUGAAGGAAUAUCUUCAGUUGAGUCAAAAGAUUGGCGGGGAUGUAGCUACUCACAGUGAAAUGGUUGAGAAAGCUUUCCAAAUCCAACUAGGUUUCAUCCAAUUGGCUGCGUCUCGUUCGGCGCCGACGAAUCAAUCCGAACAAAUGUCUCUUCUUGCACCGACCUCGGCGCAGAUUCAACAGAUACAAGAAUUCAGCGAAAAGAACAGAAACUCGGCUUUCUUCAAUCAUCUCGCUGCUAUCAGCGGAAGUAUUCCAGCAUUGGGAUGGGUCGCGGUUUCGCCGACGCCAGCUCCUUACGUAAAGGAAAUGAACGAUGCCGGACAAUUUUACACCAAUCGCGUCUUAAAGGAUUGGAAAGAGAAAGACAAAACGCAUGUGGAUUGGUGUAAAGCGUGGGUACAAGCAUUGACCGAUCUUCAGCAAUACGUUCGACAACAUCAUACGACGGGAUUGGUAUGGGCCAAGUCUGGUUCUGCGCCAGUGGGGAUUCCACCACCACCACCACCGUCGAUGCCUUUGCCCGACGUCUCUGCUUUGAACGUCAGUGACGAUAGAAGUGCUCUCUUCGCUGAAAUUAAUCAAGGGGAAGGUAUCACCAAGAAUUUGAAGAAAGUCACGUCGGACAUGCAGACUCAUAAGAAUCCCUCUUUAAGAACCGGACCAGCUCCAUUCAAAGCUCCGGUUCUUGGCAACGCAGUACCAGCGAAAUCAGUACCACCUGCUAAUGUACCGAUCGAUAAACCUCCAGUAUUUACCAAAGAUGGUAAAAAAUGGCUUGUGGAAUAUCACAAGGGUAAUAAAGAUUUGCUCGUCGACAACGUCGAGAUGAACAACGUCGUGUACAUGUUCCGUUGCCAGGACAGUACAAUGGUCGUCAAAGGAAAAGUAAAUUCCAUCGUGAUGGAUUCUUGCCGCAAAUCAUCGGUCGUAUUUGACUCGGUCGUUUCGAGUAUCGAGUUCGUCAACUGCCAAAGUGUACAGAUGCAGGUACUCGGAAAGGUGCCAACUAUUUCGAUCGACAAGACGGACGGCUGUCAAAUGUAUCUCAAUUCGGAAUCAUUGGAUGUUGAGCUCAUAACUAGCAAGUCUAGCGAAAUGAAUGUCAUGGUGCCGAAAGGGAAUGGAGAUUACACGGAGUAUCCUGUUCCGGAACAAUUUAAAACGACCAUCAGUCCGAAGGGCCUCAGCACAAUUGCCGUCGAUUCACUCGGCUAAAAUCCCUAAUAACUCUAUUAAUCGUAGCCUAAAUAUCUUUCUAACAGUACGAUUCAUUAGAGGUAUCAUCGUUAAGGAAAUCAUCAAUUUAUUAUUAUUUAUUAUCUUCUCGAAUAAGGUAUCAUCGAGGUGAGAGUUUCGUGUUACGAUCGAGGGCUCGCAGAGGUGUGCGCGCGCCACGAAUUGAUUUAUAUCCAACGUAGAAUUGAUCCUUUCUUUCUUCCUUUCGAGAAACGCGAGAGAGAGACUAGAGGUAAUAGAUAAAUUCUCAUUUAAGAAUAAAAAGGAAAAAAAAAAAAGAAAAAAUAAACGAUGAAACGAAAGGAGCUACGACGCGUUCGCGUCCUUUGAAACAAAAAAAAAAAAAAGAACAAAAAGAAAAAGGAAAAAAAAGAUUUCGUCCCGACGAAAAACUUGAAUUUUUAUCGAAAAUACCAGGCUAUCGUCGAAAAUCAAAUUAUUAUUCGAAGCUUGAUGGAAAUUGUUGGGGGAAAAAAAAAAAAAAAGAAAAAAAGAAAGCGAGAGAAGAACGUAACCAAUUAACAGAAUUGAUAAUUGAGAUACGAGAACGUGUAGAUGAUGAUGAAACGUGGUAGUAAUGCUCGGGAUGAAUUCAAGUACGGUGUGGACAAAAGUUGUAGCAAUAUUCGAUCCGCACUUUUAUACAUUUACACAAUUUUAUAUGAUGGUAAUCGAACUUUUGUCCAGACCGAACGUCCAAAGUUCGAAUAUUUAUUAGCCGUGGAAUUGUUACUAUUCAGCCAUUAGGAGUGAGUUUUCGCGCGCUAGAAAUAUUUGCCAGUAUUAAAAAUAACUCGAAUUGCGAAGCCCGUGGCUCAUUUUUCAUACCAGCGCCAUAUUGAAAUAGUUGAUAAUCAAGUUGGCAUAUUACAACUUUUACAUUUUUCCAAGGCCAUCGAGAGAAGAUAGUUUUCGUUUAGCACCGGCUUGGCAUGUUCUUCCUUCGAGCGUAUAUAUUAUAUUCUUCUCCUCAUUACGUUUUUUCUACAUACACUCGUUCGAAAAUCGAAAACGGAAAGAAGAAGACAAAAGGAAAGGAAAGAAAAAAAGAAAAAAGACAAAAAAAAAAAGGAAAAGAAAAAAAAAGAAAGAAGAUAAUUAUUACACGAUAUUCGAUAAAAUAUUAUUCAAAUUUAAUUUAACGCUUCCUCGGAUAACUUUGUAAAUACGUUAUAUGACGCGUUAAUUGAAAAAUCUCGUUGUGUAUUCGGUCCCGAAAAGGAAUGGUCUUGAUGAAGAGCGCAAAAGAAUCGUUAACUCGAAUUUUAAUUCCAAAAGUGUACUGUUUAUCGUGACACAAAUUGCAUUGUGAUUUUUACCAUUCGGUAUAAUAUACUAAUCAUAAGUGUAAGUUAGUCAUUAGUUGUCUAAGCGUAUAAUAUAGUUUAGAUGACAACCA